GUGCGCGCCUGUGCGUGCGUGUGCGCGCAUGAGUCCAUAUGCGUGACGUCAGGGCCCCAAACAGCCCUCCUCCAAUCCGGAGCUCGGAGGAGCUUCCGGUAGAGGAAGCUGGGUCAGCUGUCACUGUCGGGAGGACGUGAAGGGGAGCAGUCGACGGAGGAGCCAGCGCCGCGCCACGGCCUCACUAUGACCACUUUCACCCCCAAACUCAGCGCCUACACGAUGACCCAGCUCAACGAGCUGCUGGAGGACGACGAGAAGCUCAGCAACAUAGUGCAGGAAAUGGACGAGAUGCAGGGUGUCCAGCAGAGCAAAGACACCACACUGGCCAGCAACCGGAACCUGGCAGAGCUGAACCUGGCCCUGCAGCCCCAGCUGGAGCAGAGGAAGGAGAAGCUGUCCGCUCACUACAGCUCCCUGCAGGAGAGCUUCGAGACCUACCAGUUCCGCAAGUCCACCCUAGACCACACCUCUGGAAACACGUCCCUGGACACCCUGCUGGCGCUGCUGCAGGCCGAGGGAGCUAAGAUCGAGGAAGAGACAGAGAACAUGGCGGACUCCUUCCUGGACGGCGACGUGACCCUGGACACCUUCAUCGACGCCUACCAGAGCAACAGGAAGCUGGCCCACCUGCGGCGCGUCAAGAUCGAGAAGCUGCAGGAGAUGGUGCUCACCGGCCAGCGGCUGCCCCAGGCGCCGGCCGCCAGCUCGGCCCUGUCGUCGGGGGCCCUGCCCAUGGCCCUCCAGCACGAGGCCUCCGCCAGCACCCGCUCCCCCAUGGCCCAGCCCCGGAGGAAGCCCCCCCAGCCCCCGCAGCAGCAGCAGCUCCCCAGCCCCGGGCCGGCUCCGCCCGCGACCGCCGCCCCGCCCGCGACCGCCGCCCCGCCCUCCGUCUUCUACACCGCCGCCUCGCCCUACCCCCCCAUCCCGCCCCGCUCCGGCCAGCAGUUCCCCAACAUCCCCGCCGGCUACCCCAGCCACUACCUGUCCCAGUACCCGGCCCAGUACGCCCCCGCCCUGCCCCAGCGGCCCCAGGGCCGCCUGGCCCACCAGCCUGGCUUCAUCAUGCAGUAAGGGCCCCGCAGGGGAGGGGGGGGGCCUGGGGUCAGCCAGGCCCCCCCCCCUCCCCCUGGACUCCUCUGGGAUUAUUAGUUUCUUGUGUUGCUCCGUGCCUCCUCGCACGAACCCCGCGGCACACGGACGCCGGGAAGACGAGCACACGGGGCGGGACGCCGUGCCGCCGCCAUGCGUCUCUAAAAUAAUCUGUUCAUUUUUCGCUGUGGUUUCUUUUUGUCUGUGCAGUCCUGUCCCGGACACUCCCGCCACGUCGCGGGCGGAAAACUACAACUCCCAGCGAAGAGAAGCCCACGCGACAGGCCAGACCACCGUCCCCCCCCCCCCCCCCCCCCAACACUCCAGAGCCAUCCCCUCCUCAGCAUCUUUUUGACCUCCUACGGUGGCCUCGGGCCCAGCCGCCCCGCGAGGUCACUGGUUCAUCUCCGGCGUCUCCUUUCGUACCCGGGGACACAGGGCGCUGAGCGGAGGACUGACGAUGUUGUCAUUAUGCAGCGGUCGUAGAUCGCCGCGCUAGUUGACCGGUGAUUCACAUGCAAGCAGAGAGACCUGACAUACUGUGUGACUUCCAGGUUCUCGUUCAUUCCCACGGAUACACUCGGAAAAAUACCAAUCCAUAGGGUACAUAGGAAUAUUUAUCGCAUUUAAACGCUAUUAUAAUGUGUGUACUAAUGGUGUUUUGUUAAUCACUGGUAUAGACUGAAUAUCAUUGUUUAGGUGCAGCGCCUUCUUCAAAGUACAGGCAGGGCGGUAUGUUAAGGGGAACGCAUUUCACCGUGGAUGGAGCAGAGGGCCUUACGGCGGUAUGAGGAUCCCAUGUCGAGUUUAUUUUAACCAGAAAAUCCCUAAAUUAAGGAUUUGGGUAUAGCCAUAGAGAGCAUCGCCCCCAGUGUGUGUGUUGCAACACCUGAGCUGAGAGGGUUUUCACAACCUCCGUCUGCGCAGUGUGAAGUUUUGCCAACGUUAGUAAGAACACUUGAAUUAGGAACUUGUCGGCAGAGCGCAGGCUUAUGUCCGUGGCCGAAUAUGCAUUUUUCUUGAUCUUCAGAAGUGGUGGUUCAUCUGUGGCAUGUCUGUCCACAAGGAGACCAUCCGCAGGGGGCUUCAUAACUGCUGUUCUAAACACAACCAGAUCAAUUGAGUUCAAUAACACUCCAUGUGACACACAAGCACACACACACUGUUCAAGAACCAAGAGUGCCUACUUGAACUGAUGUUGUUGCUCGAGGAGAACCGGCAUUUAUAGCUGAGUACAAUCCUUGGUUCGCCCAUAUGCUGGUCUCUGACCUCAGGACCCAACCCUCUGACCCGAUGUCAUCUGGCACUGCAAGCAGAAGUGCUCUUAGACCUAGCCCCCCCCCCCAACCCAACACCAGAGAACAGUACCUGCCAUGGCACUGUCUCCUAUGCACCCUCUGUCUCUCUUGCUCUGUCUCUCUCUAUCUCUUUGUCCCUCCCUCUGUCACUAUCACUGUCUCACUCUCUGUUCCUCUGUCUCUAUCCAUCACUCUCUCUCACUCUGUCCCUAUCAAUCACUCCAUCUGUCAAUCACUGUCCCUAUCUAUCACUUUGUCUCUCUCUAUCCCUCUCGGUCUGUCUGUCUUUCUGUUUCUCUCUUUCGUGCCAUCUCACCGUCUCCCACUCCGUCUUUAUCUCCUGCUCGCUUUCCCUCCCUCCCUCCACCUCUCCACGUCUCUCUCUCUCUCUCUCGCUGUCAGAGUAUCGGAGUUGAUUCCCGCUGACGCAGCGCGUGCCGGAGCAACAUGGCGGCCGGCUGCGUGUCCAGCGACGGUCACGGUACGCUAACCUCCUCUCUGCUUCGUACGGAGACUCUGUGUGUAGCGGGCACCUUGGUGCAUCGUCUUCAGAGUCGGGAGAAAACGGAGAUGAAGAUAUUCUGUAGUGUGGCUGGGGGUGUGUCAUAUCAACCAGGACUGGAACAGGAAUACUUUGAGUUGUCGCUUGCGAGCGUUUGCAGAAAUGAUAGAUGCUACGGUAAAAAUGUUUCAUGGAACCAGCAUUUCUAACAACUAACAUUAAUAAUUGUUGUGUGCAUGGCCUUUGCUGUUUUAAUUGUGAAGAUACCUCUUUGAGUAGUUAUUGUUUAUUUUUAUUUGUGUUUGUUGAGGUGUUUGUAUCUUCAGUGGGAAGCGAUCGUCUUGUAUCCAUAGUUUUUAUUAUUAUGUGGUUGGUGAACCUGUCAUUCUGUUUAUGUAGGUAAUUACUUUCAAGGAUAUUUUCAAAUUCAAUAAAUCAAGUUUUUUGUAUACAUUA